AUGUAGACAACAGUUGAAGCAUGGCUUUGCCGCGGAGCGCGCCGUAAACAGCGGCUGACGCAUUCAAACAGUCCGGAGAAAUUCAUCUGGAGAGUAAAAACGGGAUUAAAAGAAAAUUAUGGACGAAUCACAGAGGAUGGAAACACUGAUCAGCCUGCAAAAAGUCUCUGGUAUGGAGAAGAUGCUAACUGGGAGUAAAGGGAAUCGGUAUUCAUGCAGCCUGAUGGCUGUUUUCAGGUAACUGAGGUGUGUUUGGAAGUGAUGGGAUAAAUCCAGCUUUCUUACUAAAUCAUAUAGAAAACCAGAGGGAAUCCUAGAAAACAAGGACUGAUCUGGACUCAGGAUAAACCAGUCGCUAGUUAAACCUUUCUAAAACCUCCUACAUGAGAAGAAGUUCUCCAAAUGAAGAAGAAGAAAACAUGGCAGCAGGUUGGGGGUCACAACUCUUACUACCCGAUUCAGAUUAAAUGAGCAUCACCGUCAGUUACCAAACACGCAGACAUGACCCACAACCUCAGCUCCAGAAUCGACACGCCGACCAACAUCUCCCUGAGCGCCGCCGUCGCCGUUUCCGACUCGCUGGAGUACAAGACGAUCUCGGUGUUCCUGGUGCUGCUGGUGUGCUGCGUUGGCAUCGUGGGGAACAUCAUGGUGGUCCUCGUGGUUGUCACCACGCGCCACAUGAGGACGCCCACCAACUGCUACCUGGUGAGCCUGGCCAUAGCCGACCUGACGGUGCUGGUGGCGGCAGGGCUGCCCAACGUAUCCGACAGCCUGACGGGCACCUGGAUCUACGGGAACGUCGGGUGUCUGGGCAUCACCUACCUACAGUACCUGGGGAUCAAUGUGUCCUCGUGCUCCAUCACUGCUUUCACCGUGGAGAGGUACAUUGCUAUCUGCCAUCCCAUCAAGGCUCAGACGGUGUGCACGGUGUCGCGUGCCAAACGGAUCAUAACCGGCGUCUGGAUCUUCACCUGCGUCUACUGCAUGCUGUGGUUCUUCUUGGUGGACAUUCAGGUCGGCCAGGACGGACAUGUGCAGUGUGGCUACCGAGUGAAACGGGAGCUCUACCUCCCCAUCUACCUCAUCGACUUCACCAUUUUCUACGUCAUCCCGCUGCUCCUCGCCAUCGUGCUGUACGGCCUGAUAGCGCGGGUGCUCUACCUCAGCCCUCUGCCGAGCCACACCGAAACCAGCGCCACCACGCUGCGAAGGAGCUGUCGCGAGACGUCGGAGGCUGCGAGGAUGGGCCGACAGGGUCGGCCGAAGACGGCGGUCUCCUCCAGGAAACAGGUGACGAAGAUGCUCGCCGUGGUGGUGAUCCUUUUCGCCCUGCUGUGGAUGCCCUACCGGACCUUGGUUCUGAUCAACUCCUUCGUGUCCACGCCCUACCUGGACUCCUGGUUCCUGCUGUUCUGUCGGACCUGCAUCUACGCCAACAGCGCCAUAAACCCCGUGAUUUACAACGCCAUGUCUCAGAAGUUUCGCUCCGCGUUUCGGGGGCUGUACAGCUGCCAGCGAGUGGACGGUAAUCAGCGGACGCUGUCCACCGCCCAGACCUGCUUUGGUACCGUUCGAGACCCGCGGCCUGCCCUGCAGAACAGCAACCAAGGCAAUGAAAAGGAGACGCGGGCCGUCCUGGAGCCUUCCUCGGAUUCGACGUCGACGCUCCACAGGAGCGAACAUCAGGAGACGGCGGCGGUGAACGGGAUGACGGCCGAUCAUCGGCCCGACGGCGGCCACCAGGACUUCAGAAGAGAACCAGGAGAAACGCUGCAGGGAGGCGGUCAGGAAUUAGAUCAGUCAGUUAACAAAACACUUGGUUCUGCAGACAGAACCAGUAAAUAAUGUGAAUAAUGUAGAUACCUCCACAUUAUCAUGCUGUACCAUAUGGAUAUACUCAUCUUUAAAUACCCACCGUAUAUAUAUAGGCCAAUAUGUACAAUUUUAAGAGGGUGCAGAUUUUUUUUAUUUAACUGUAUUUAAUAACACUCAAAAAAUAUAUAUGUUACAAUAGUACGGAAGACAAUUAUGGCCGCUGGGAGAUAAAACAACAACUUUUUUUUUGAUCAGUAUUCUGACUUUAAUCUGAUCAAAAGUCAAAGUUCUGAGAUUAAA